AUGGACCAUGAGAAUCUCGUGCGACGUAUCGACGACUCCGAAAAAACUACAAUGUCCCGCUUUGACGACAUUUCCAACAUGAAAGAUCUACUUUGUAGUCUACAAGCCGAACUUAAUUUACAGCAGCAACGUGAUCGAUGCCAGAAUAUAAAAAAUUCUGGCAUUCCAGAGAAAAAGAAUGAGGACAUAAGAACCAUAAUCCUAAGCAUCGCAGUCUUUGUGAACGUUCAAAUUACUUCUCAGGAUAUUGAAUAUAUGACGAGAGUACAGCCGCGUACCAAAGUUCCUUGUCGUCCAAGGCUAAUUGUAGCCAGAUUACGCUCAAGAUUGCUGAGGGAUGCUAUAAUUUCGGGUACACGUUCGAAAAAUGGUCUGACUACCAAGGACAUCAACAUCGCAGGUGAUUGA